CAAUAAUCAAUGGAUCCCAAAGGUUGGCGUGUGGAACUAAAUGAUGGCCACCUCAUUCCUGUACUGGGAUUUGGCACCUCUGCACUUGAUGAGGUUCCUAAAAGCAAAACUGUGGAGGUCACAAAAUUAGCUAUAGAGGCUGGGUUCUACCAUUUCGAUUCUGCUUUUAUAUACAAUAAUGAAAAGGAGGUUGGACAGGCCAUCCAAAGCAAAAUUGAAGAUGGCACUGUGAAGAGAGAAGAUAUAUUCUACACUUCAAAGCUUUGGUUGACUUUCCUUCGACCAGAGUUGGUUCAACCAGCCUUGGAAAACUCUCUGAGGAAACUUCAACUGGACUAUGUUGAUCUCUAUAUUAUUCAUUAUCCAAUGGCUUUGAAGCCAGGGGAAGAAAUUCUUCCAAAAGAUGAACAUGGAAAACUAACAUAUGACACAGUGCAUCUCUGUGCCACAUGGGAGGCCAUGGAGAAGUGUAAGGAUGCAGGACUGACCAAGUCCAUUGGGGUGUCCAACUUUAACCGCAGGCAGCUGGAGAAGAUCCUGAACAAGCCAGGGCUCAAGUACAAGCCCGUCUGCAACCAGGUGAGCACCUUUGGCCUCCUCUCCUUUCUGUUCUUCAGCUCCUUCUUCUUGCACUACUGCCAGAUGUCUACUUGGCCACCCCUCCUAUUCAUCCUACCUUUAUGGAACAGAAGAGCCUUGAGAGCAGAGCCUCUGGUAGACCAGAGCUCCCUGGUUCUCUUGGAUGAUCCAGUUCUUUGUGCCAUGGCAAAAAAGUAUGAGCGAACUCCAGCACUGAUUGCCCUUCGCUACCAGCUACAGCGUGGGGUUGUGGUCCUGGUCAAGAGUUACAAUGAGAAGCCGAUCAAAGAGAACAUGCAGGUUUUUGAAUUCCAGUUGUCUUCAGAGGACAUGAAAGUCCUAGACGGCCUAAACCGAAAUUUUCGAUAUGUUCUUCUUGAAAAUGUUGCUGACCACCCUGAGUAUCCAUUUUCUGAUGAAUAUUAA